AUGGUAGCUUGGGCAGCUUUAGGCGCAAUGGGAACAAAAGCAUUAGCAUUUGGAGCAAAAGCACUUGGAGCUUAUGACGCAGUAAAUAAAAUGAGUGGAGGAAGAGUUUCGAAGACAUUAGAUGCAAAUAAAGGAAAGAUUGGAGGCUGGGUUGCAAAGAAGUUAAGAUUAAAUAAAAUAGGGCUCAUAAAUAAAGCAUCCAAUUUGGUUGCGACUGAGUCAGAAAAUUCUUUAGGAAAGGACGAUGAGUUUGCAAAACACGCAAAAGACUUUAAUGACCAGAUGAAAGGUGAAACAAUGCAUUUAAAUAGAGUCGAUGGAACUAAAGAAAAUGUUUCUUCUCCACAACUUCCACCAGCA